CAGACGGAUCAAAAACCAAAGGAAUUGAAUGGCACCAAGCUGUGUGAAAUGGCACUGAUUCUAGAAGUAACAGAAAUUCGGAUUUUGUGAUUGGGAGAGAAACCGACCCAGUGGUGUCAUUACCGCUGCCCCGUGCAAUCGGAAGGGUGUGAAGAACAAGUGUUUGGAAUUAUUGUCUUUACACAACUCAACCAACCUUGUGUGCAAAAUUAGGGUUUUGGUAAAUCCCCAAAAUGUCGACUGGAAAACCCAGAGACGGUGACUUUCAGAUGGUUGCGGCGCCGGGGACGUCUAAGCCGCCCCUUCCGCCGCCAGCAGCAUCGAAUGCGAUAGUGGAAUAUACUCCGGUCGCUUUCAAGGAGGAAGAGGAGGACCUGGAAGUCAAGCUCCGACGGAUUAUCGACAAUGUUCCCGUCCGUGUUAGCAACACUUCCGGUAGUUCGGCCGGUUCAGGCUCCGGCGACUUCCACCAGUAUCGGCAGAUGAGACGCAAGGAGCAAGAUCGUCUUGCUAGGAUGGAAGUCGACUACCAGAGAAGGAAAGAGGUGGCAGAAUUUAAUUUGAGAAGGGAGGAAAGACUAAAAGCAGCUGAGGAACGGACAGCGAAGAAGCGAGCAAAACGUCAAAAGAAGAAACAAAAGAAAAAGGAGAAAAAGAUCAAAUUAAAUGCUGAAGAUCAACCGCAAGAGAAAGAAGAUUCCUCAGGUGAUGGAGACUCUGAUAACGAUGAGGAGGCAGCAUCCUAACAAGCUUUGAUCGUGCCCAAACUUCUGAAAUUUGGUUCAAUGUAUGUGGGCAUAUUUAGCUUCAGAUUAAACACAGGCAUGGCUCCGGCUUUCCAUUAUUUGUAUCACAUGUAUGAUUUCUGAGGUACUGUGUUCGUAAGGGAUGCUAUAUAUUGUUUGAAGUCAAAAAAUUGAUGAGUUAGAGAACAAAUCUUACAAGCUUUUUAUAUAAAAGAAUCCAGCUUGCAACUCGCUAUGUAAU